CCGCUUCAUACACCCGAAUUUCCGCUUGAGUACUGCAGUCAUGGCACCAAAGUCUACAGCAGCAGCGAAGCAGCCUACAACUUCUACGCCCUCUGCUCUGCAUGAAACGUCGCCAGCAGCUGCAGGGAACGCCGUACAGUCCCUCCUGAAGGCUUACAACGAGACCACCUCUCCUCGCCUGAAGCUCAUUGACGCAUUCCUCGUAUUCCUCAUGAUCGCUGGCGUACUACAGUUUGUAUACUGCGUCCUGGUGACCAACUUCCCGUUCAAUGCGUUCUUGGCUGGUUUCGGCAGUUGCGUCGGCCAGUUCGUCUUGACCGCUUCAUUGCGCUCUCAAGUCAACCCCGCCAAUAGAAAUGAGUUCAAGGACGUAUCGCCAGAGCGUGCAUUCGCCGACUUCGCUCUUGGCUCCGUCGUGCUCCAUUUCUUCGUAUACAACUUCUUGGGAUAGACAUCGGGCUAUUUGGAUGUCUCUUCCUAAACCUCAGCUUGUGCUUAAAAUGGUUAGAAUGAGCCUGCCGUGACAUGGUGGAACCCUACACCCUGAUAGUUACGAACAGAUGGCGCGAGCGAACGUUGUACAGAUUGCAUGAGCAUUGGGAAGUAAGGGAAGACUGUAGUGGAAAGGAUCACUCGAGGAUAUUGCACCGAUACCAAAGGCAGAGAGCCGUAUAAAAUUAUUGAUAGCUGAUGAUUGUGGAGACAUAGCUCAAUAUUCAUCGCAUACUUGCACUCAAUGUUUCCUCUCGAAUGACUCUGAUCUCCCAAAUACUACAACAGCGAAGUCGAAGACAUAUUCUCCGAACUCCAAGUAUGUGUUAAGAAGUUGGCGAACAUCCUUGUUCGGAACUGUUGACAGCUUUGGAGUGAGUCCAGUUGACCGCUUGAUACCAGCGAGAAAUGCGCUGAUAAGUAGAGCAUCGAAGCCCAGGUGCACGAGCUUGCCGAGCAUAGUUGAGAGUUAAGACAGGAAUACUUGCAGACUUAAGAGGGAGAUCUAGAGAAGUACAAGAGGCCCUGGUGCUCGCUCCGGGCGCAGGCUAGUCAGGCGGUCAGAGGACGU